UAGUGGACGAAAGACAAUGCAACACACUGAAAUGGAAAAUGCUAAUUGGUGCGCUUCCUUCGACACCGCAUUGUACACAACUGUAGUUACCACUGCGGAGACAUACAUUUCCUCGCGAAAUUACGAAUAAGCAACAAGCGAAAUUUCGUCGGCUCUACGUCGGGUGCCUGGGAGUCGCGUUUAUGCACGUGACUAAAGAUUUAUGAUUUGUUUACCUGUACGCUCAUUGUACUCAUUGCAACCAAAGAGAUAUACAACCCUAACACAAUACCAAGAGCGCAACAUGUUUGUUCGAGUUCGUUCGUCAACCAAGCUGUAGCCAACACGUUUAGUGUCACCAGCAAGCACUCUUCGAAAACGUCGAGGAAAUAGUUUUGAAAUAGCUACAUUGCUUUGUAGCAUGUUAAUUGGUGCAGGCUAUCCUGCAAUGGUAGUAUCUGGUAUUGCGCGGGCAGAGACAGUUUUGAAUGAUCAACGUAAUGUUCCAUAUCCGCACCAAAUAAAAGAAGUCAAAACAGAAGAAAAGGAAAAUCCAAAAAUCUGGGCGGGACAAAAAUACAAACUACGUACUAUUCCGGAUUUAGAAAGCCACUUAGAAGAGAAUAUUGUCGAAAUGAUGAAACAAAAAGAAGAAGACGAAAAACAAUUGCGGUUAGAAGCAGAACGUUUAGAAUUGGAGGAAAUGGAAUUGAUUGCUGUAGAUAGAUAUCAUUUUCGACGUUCUCAUGCCUGGGUCGUAAUUGUUGAUAAUGCGCCUUGGAGUAUCAAGCCAAAAAAAACAUACGUGAACGACGAAGGUGACCAGGUGCUCGCGCCACCAAAAGCUCGUUUCAUUGAGCCUUCCACAGGCUUCAUUUGUGAUACCCAUUGCAAGCAAUAUAUUAUUAUUGAUAGUGUAUGGGAUCACCAAAAUUAUUAUGUAAACAUGCAGGAUUAUCAAAGGGUAAGUGAACUACGUUGGAAUUUACAGGAUAACAAAGAUUGGGAGCAUAUUCUCCCAGGAGAGCCGCCAGAAAUGCGUUCGUUUACUGCAGGAUCUGAUGAAAACAUCUCAGAAAGCAUAAGAUCGUUAGGAGAAGAAAAACAUUUAGACACAAUACGGUCAUGGGUAGAUAAACUGCACAUUGGUCUGAAAGAAUUCGAAGAGAGAUUUCCACACUUACAAAAAACUAUUUAUUACGCUGGUGCAGUCCAUGAACGAUUUUCACGAUAUUCUCAACGCGAUGGAAAAUCUGAGCAAUUAACUCUCUACAACGAUGAUGAGUAUAAAGAACCAAGCAUACGGUGGCAGUAUUAUGAAAAUAGGUCAGAUUUGCUGCAGCAAAUAAAACUAUUUUGUGAAAACGGAAAAAUAGAGGAAACAUUUUAUAAAGGUCGAAACGAUAGUCUUCGGUUCAUGGAAUACAACCGUGAUCCUAAUGAGCCAAAAACAUUGCAUUUUUAUCCAACUACGAGAGUUGACUCCUUGAAAAAUCUUUCCGUCAGCAGUGAGAGAAUUGUUCUUAAUUACAGUAACCGUGCUGACCAUUGUACUUUAAAAGAGUUCGAAUUCAAACCAGGUGGACAAGCAUUGAAGAAAACAAUAGAAAAAUUUAAGCGUCAAAGUGUUGGAUUUGUACCGGCCUAUAAAGAUAUUGCAGAGCGAACUAUCGAUUUUGAUCAAGGCAAAAUUUCACUAAAAUUUCACUAUGCUCUCGGAGCCUUAACCUCAUCAACGCUAUCGUUUACUAAACCAGCAAAACCAGAUUACGGACAUGAAAUACAGUUUGAUCCUCAACUUACAAAAUCUUACAAAGUAAUUAAGUCUUAA